GUUUUCAAUAAAACACUGCGCUAAUAUGUUUUACAAUUCGGAGUUGAUGACAAACGGUGUUUUGAGAGACGCGUGGCUGACAGGGAACCAUCAGGAGAGCAGAGUGGAAGGUGCGACAAAUAUAGCACAUAUUUGUAAUGAAGUGAGUGCUCGUCUCUGCUACAAGUCCGCCCGGCACCGUCUGUCGCUGCGGUCCUCUGCCGUGCUGCUCAGCGGCACCGCCAGGAUCUACAAGCACGAGCUGGAUGCACUUUACCAAGAUUGCGUGGAGCUGGACAGAUCGAUGAUCAGUCGUCGUGUCAGCCGCGAGGUCAGCAGCCAGGUCAGCCCCGGCGUCAGCCAGGUCAGCAGCUCUAGUGACAGCCGGCUGAUCAGCUGCGACGGCAAGGAGAAUGUCGAGCCGAUGACAGCAGACGAAGAUCAUCAAGAUAAUACAACGGUGGAGACUGACAGCAAAAAAAUCAGCUCAAUAUCCAGCAAUCACUCAAAUGGAGGAGUUCGCACCAAGAGGAGAUCCAGAAUAUCUAGAAGUGCGAAGGGCACUCAGACGACAAUGUACAUCAGGCCAGGAGGCAUCGACCCUGGCCUACCGGUCGGCGUGACCACGGUCUACGACGGCGAGUCCAGGGUUCCCGUAGGCGUUUUAUGCUACAACAUCAACCCAGAUAUCAGGAGACUGUAUAGAAGAAUGUAGAAGGAAUUAUACGCGUGUUUUCCUAUCAUGCGUAUCAUCGCCCGCACACGGCCCAGCCCUUUAGCCAAGAUGUUUUCUUUAUCGCUUAUCUAAAGAAUCGCCGAUCAAAAUGUAUGGAAUUGACAUAAGCAUUCGGUAAUAUGAAGUAAAAGUUCGACUCGUCUAAUGUCAAUUCCAUACAAUUUGA